UCUGUCUUGUCUUGUCUCCCUCCCUCUUUCCCUCUCUCUCGCGCGCGCGUGCAAUCCGCCGGACCACGACGAUCGGCCGGGCCCCAGAGGCGAUGGAUGCCACCGCGGCGGACAGGCACGAGGCUUCACCAGUGGCAAGAGACGGCGAGUCCACGACGUCCGUGCCGGAGGUGCCGCGAGCGCCAUUGUCCGACUUGCCUGUCGCCGGCGGCAGCGGCACGCCCGAGGAGAGCGGCAGCGGCGAGGACGAGCAGGUGGAGAGGUUCUACGCGCUGCUCGCCAACAUCCGGGCACUGAGGGACGUUUACGGCGCCGGCGGGUCGUCGAGGAAGCGGGCCAGGGGGGCGGAGCCGCCGUUGUGGAAGCCAAAGUUCAGGAUGGAGGACUUCCGGGAGGCGGACGACGUGGUGCCCGCGAAGAAGGGGAGGAGCGAUCGCGUCGAGCGGCAGCGGCUGGAGAACAGCGACGCGGCGGAGGCCGACGGGGAGGACGGCGAGGUCGUGGAAGAGAAUGAUCGGGUCUCCGCGUCGCAGACCACGUGUGUGCUGACUGCCGAGCAGCCAGCCUAGCUAGCCAGUAUUCAGAAUCCAACAAAUUGUCUGGACGAUAUUUACUUCUAAUGUGUACACUAUACACCGACGCAGUCGUUUAAUUAGAUUUGCCA